AACAAACACAGUUUGGGCUUGUUUCCACAGUCCCGAUAGCUUGUUUCUCUCACCGGAUCUGGCAUCCCAGUAUAUAACAGGAAGUCAGCUUUGCAAGCAGCGGACGACGGAACGAAGAAAAAGUUGUUGAUAAACUCCGCGAACAAAACUUCAGAGUUAAAGAUGUCGUCAGGCGCUCUGUUUCCAAGCUUGGUGAGCGGCUCGAGGGGAAGCUCCAGCAAGUACCUGGUGGAGUUUCGUGCUGGGAAAAUGACCUUGAAGGGUAACGUAGUGACACCGGACAAACGCAAGGGCACGGUGUACAUCCAGCAGUCUGACGACUCCCUGAUCCACUUCUGCUGGAAGGACAGGACAUCUGGAAACGUUGAUGAUGACUUAAUCAUCUUCCCUGAUGACUGUGAAUUCAAGAAGGUGAGCCAGUGCACCACCGGACGCGUCUUUGUGCUGAAGUUCAAGGCUGGAUCCAAGAGGCUGUUCUUCUGGAUGCAGGAGCCAAAGAGCGACAAGGAUGACGAGUACUGUCGUAAGGUGAACGAGUACCUGAACAACCCACCCAUCCCCGGAUCUGGAGGAAGCGGAGGCGGCAGUGGCCACGAACUCUCUGCUCUCGGAGGAGAAGGAGGCCUUCAGAACCUGCUGGGAAACAUGAGCCACAACCAGCUGAUGCAGCUGAUCGGACCAACUGGACUGGGAGGACUGGGAGGUCUGGGAGCUCUAGCAGGACCUGGACUUGCCAACUUGCUGGGCAGCGGAGGACCAGCCACCAGCAGCUCCUCCUCCAGCUCACGUAGCCAGUCAGCAGCUGCCACUCCUUCAUCAGGCGGGGCUCCCAGACUGAGCUCCUCUCAGGCCCCCACCACCCCUGUGACUCCUGCUGCCUCCACUGUGUCCCCGACUACUGUCACCACCUCCACACCAGCUGCAGCUCAGACCCCGCUGGCCCCGGCCUCUGUUGGAAGCCCCGCCUCCCACCAGCCCAUCCAGCUCAGUGACCUUCAGAGCAUCCUCGCCACCAUGAACGUCCCCGCGGCGGCAGCUGCUCAGGGAGCAGCAGUGGACCUGGCGAGCGUUUGCACCCCAGAGAUGAUGGCUCCCAUCCUGACCAACGCUGAAGUCCAGCAGAGGCUCCUGCCCUUCCUACCCAGUGGAGAAAGUUUACCUCAGAGCGCUGAGGAGAUCCAGAACACGAUCAACUCACCUCAGUUCCAGCAGUCCAUGAGUAUGUUCAGCAGUGCCUUGGCCUCCGGGCAGCUCGGACCCCUCAUGAGUCAGUUCGGUCUGCCGGCAGAAGCUGUGGACGCUGCCAACCGAGGAGAUGUGGAGGCGUUUGCUCGAGCCAUGCAGAGCAGCAAAGACUCCAAAGAGAAGAAGGACGACGACGAGGACAUGAGUCUGGAUUAGAGCCUCAGUACAAUCUGUGAUUUCCUUUCCUUCUUCUGUACUUGAGUAUUUACCCUCCUCUCUCUCUAACGUUGUCUUCCAUAUUUCUAUACCAAAGGCAACACUCUGCUCCUCUCAGGGUGAACGACACAUGAAGCUCUGUUUCUGUUCAGCUUUUACUCUGAAAGGAGGCAGCUUAUAAAACAAAGAGGGGAUCGAGCCUUAAAAGUUUUCUUUCUGUUGCAGUUGAGGCUGUGGGAUCCUGACUCACAGUCGACACUCUCAGGCUUUUUUUCUGAUUCACUCUUUAAUAAAAAAAAUCAUAUUUGCAAACAAAAA